AUGGCGAUCGCCGCUCCUCCCUCCACUCCCACCUUCUCCGCCUCCUUCCGCCCCACUCGCACCUACGCGCCUCCCUCCUUCACGCGCCUCUUCUCCCCUCCCUCCACCACCAAGCCUCUCCGCCGCCUCACCCUCUCCGCCAGCCUCAACUCCGUCUCCCCCGACAACGGCGACCUCCAGGGCGAGCUCUUCCACGGCUUCUCCCCUCAGCGCCGCGGCCGCGGAUCGCCGGUCUUCGUCACCAUGCCCAUCGACUCCGUCGACCCGCUCGGCGGCCAGGUGCGCCGCCGCAAGACGAUGAACCAGUCGUUCAAGGCUCUCGUCGCCGCCGGAGUCGAGGGCGUGGUGAUGGAGGUGUGGUGGGGGAUCGUCGAGAGGGAUCAGCCGAGGGUUUACAAUUGGCAGGGUUAUUUGGCGAUCGUGGAGCUUGCGAAACGGUGCGGUUUGAAGGUUCGGGCCGUCCUGGCGUUUCACCAGUGCGGCUCUGGCCCUCCGGACCCUAAUUGUAUUCCCCUUCCUCUGUGGGUACUUGAUGAGAUAGAUAAAGAUCCAGAUUUAGCAUAUUGCGAUAGAUUUGGAAGAAGAAAUACGGAAUACAUUUCCAUCGGGUGUGAUAGCCUUCCUGUCUUGCGAGGGCGUUCACCACUACAAGUGUAUGCAGAUUUUAUGAGGAACUUCAGAGACACUUUUAAACAUUUCAUUGGUGUCAUCAUAAUAGGAAUUCAAAUCGGAAUGGGUCCUGCUGGUGAAUUAAGAUAUCCUUCUUGCCCUACUCAGAAGCUAACAUCAGCUUGGCGGACUCGUGAGAUAGGGGAGUUUCAGUGCUAUGAUAAGUAUAUGCUCGCAUCUCUUAAUGCACGUGCUAGGGAGAUAGGAAUGCCUGAAUGGGGAAAUGGGGGCCCUAUUGGUGCUUCCAAUUUGAUGCAGAACCCCGAAGAAACAAAGUUUUUCAGAAGUGAUGGUGGGUCGUGGAAUACAUCUUAUGGUACAUUUUUUCUUGAAUGGUAUUCAGGAAUGCUGCUUUUGCAUGGAGAAAGGCUAUGCAGGGAAGCUGAGGCCAUUUUUUGGGGCACAAAAGCUAAUACAUCAGCAAAAGUAGCCGGGUUGCACUGGCAUUAUCUCACUCAGUCUCAUCCAUCAGAGUUGACCGCUGGGUAUUACAACACAUCAACAAGAGACGGAUACUUACCAAUUGCUCGCAUGUUUGCUAGGUAUGGGUUUAGUCUGUGCUGCCCAUGUUUUGACUUGCAAGAUCUGAAUGAGAAGCAGAUGAAUCCAGUGAGUAGCCCAGAAGGUUUUCUUAGACAGCUGCUCUCAGCUGCUAGGGUGUGUGACAUACCCGUAGAGGCUGAACCUUCUGCAUCCAGUUUGGAUGAUAAAUCGUUUCAACAGGUGGUGAAGAUGUCAAAGUAUUACUCGUAUGGUCUGGAAAAACCCUCCUUCUCGUUCAACUUUGUGAGGAUGGAUAAGAACAUGUUUGAGUUGCAUAAUUGGGUUCGUUUUACUCGUUUUGUGAGGCAAAUGUCAGAUGUCAGUAUUUUUCGAGCCAAGCUAGAUGUUGAUUCACGUCGGUUUUCCACCUCCGUAUCAGAUGUUGCGAAAUUUGGUAUGGCUUCUGCAUAUUGUUAGAGGAAUGUUCACUCACCACUGGCAAUGUUCAUAGCAAAUGUUGUACGCUCACUCCUCCCAUAUGCCCAUGUGAUGUCAAUACGUACAGAAGAUGAUUUACCAGUGAUCAGACAAUUGUGAGAUGUGUAGUAACUCCUCAUUUUUCGUGUAGAUGAUUCGCAUAAGCAUUGUUCUUGUGGAGAGAGCUAUUACAAUGCAUUGUAAAUCUGUAAACCACUGCCUUCCUCGUAUUUUUAGAAUGGUUGGCUUAUCAACUCUAGCUGUUCAAGGCUCGGAUAACAUGCUAAUUUCUAUUCAAUGCUUGUGUUAUCAUGACUG